AUGGCCGCAACGCAUGCACUCUCUGCAAAAUAUGCCACCAUUUUCCCAUUCGAGACAAUUUUGAAAGCAUCCGGUGCUGUCCUUUCGUUCUUUUUCACAUCAAUUGCUAUCUGGAUGGUCCGCCAGCCUACAAGCCGCAACUUCGCCCGUUGCAGCAUGCUCCCUGAUCGAGUAUAUAGACUCUGUUCCGGGAACAAGACAGUAAGCUCGGAACUGGCCAAGGAUCCUACACAGGCACCGUCGGACAUAUUUCAUCGAUUAUAUAGCCAUCCGGAGCAAACUGGAACGAAACCGGUGGAAGCGGAUAGUCUUCAAAAGGCUGCCAAGUGUGGCAAUUGGGGAGAUAACAAGCCCAGCGACUUAUUCCUCAAGAUCUAUCAUGAUGCGCUUUGCACGCUACAGAACAAUCCCCUGUCUGGGGUAGUCUCACCCCCGUUGAUGGGCAGUCAUGGCACUAUCCCAUUAACUAUCGUUGCGCCUUUACCAGAUCUGUGCCGGCACAUGGCAAACUGCAUCGCCCGUGCUGAGAAGGAAGUCUUCCUGGCCACCAAUUUCUGGAUCCACUCUGACGCCUCGACCCUGAUCACCAAUGCAUUGCGCGAAUUGUCUCGUCGCGCAGGUGCACGCGGCGAGCGGGUAGUGGUGAAAGUAAUCUACGACCGUGGCAAUCCACGGCAAGUAUAUGACAACCACCUUAGCGUGCCCGAAAAGAAAUACACCACAGGCAAGGUCCGCCUACCCUCGGCCAAGGAGAUACCCAACAUCGACAUGCAGGUGAUCAAUUACCAUCGGCCGGUUCUGGGGACUUUCCAUGCAAAGUUCAUGAUUGUUGAUCGUCGGGUGGCAUUGGUUCAGAGUAGCAACAUUCAGGACAACGAUAACUUGGAGAUGAUGGUGCGGCUUGAGGGGCCCAUCGUGGACUCGAUCUAUGACACCGCGGUGAUCUCGUGGGGACGCUCGUUUGAUACGCCUCUCCCAAUGCUUCCUUCCCCAGCAGCUGGUGAAAAGGGCUACGAGGCAGUGCCUGAGUAUAUUAAUGACGAGGAGGACGGUCUAUCGACACUGUUAAAACAGCACACAACGAAACAUCCGCACUACGAUCCAGACCUGCUGUCGGAAGUGCGAAGAGUCAACAGCGCACUUGAGCCUUCCGCAGGGGAAUCCAAAACUCAGGCAGCCACCAAACAUCUAAACACGACUAUACAACACGACACAACCGGCGAUGCUCCAGACUCUGACCAAGAGCCCCAAAUGAAACCUUACAAUCUCACUCCGCCGCAUAAAUCAAUACCUAUAGCUCUAGUGAACCGAGAGCCCUGGGGAGCUCCCAACCACACCAGCAUCUACACUCCGCAAAACGCGGCUUGGCUCUCAGCCAUCCAAAAUGCCCAACACUCUAUCUUCAUCCAGACCCCAAACAUGAACGCCCGAGCCUAUAAUCCAGGCUCUAUUGGAAGCCGCUCGCCGUGGUAUCAUUGUCACCUGUUACGUCUGCCUAGGAUACAACGAUGCCGGCCAGCUUCUGCCGUUUCAGAACGGGACGAACGAGAUGACUGCAAAUAG